GGUACAAGGUAAGCGAUUUAAGUCACUUGGGGGUGCCUAACAUUCUCCUUUAAGUUAAGGAACACUUUCUUACAGGUGCCUGUGUCAGAUAUUCAGGAAGUGCUGGGGUAGUCAUGGUAACACUCUGUAAACUCUAAGAUCAGAUUUCACAGAGACAUGCUAGAAGGAAGGGGGAGGUUGUUAUGGAGACUCUACACUGAACAGCUUCCAAAGGAAGCACAGGGAACUCUGAGAUGAGCCUCUAAAAAAGCUGAAAAGCAUUAGGUGCUUCUGGGUGUCAGCAGUGCCACAGGUUUGAGAGAGGGAAAACACCGGGUGUCCUGCUCCUGAGAGACUUUGCAAGAACUGCUUUCUUGCACAAAUCCCUGCUACAUGUCACUGGUCCAAGUGUGGAUUUUGUGCUAAAGAGGACUAAAUGUGUCACACCUACUGUAAUAGCACUUAAUGUUUUACUUUAACAAGCACAAUGCCAGUUUACAUUAGGAAAGGACCUUUGGAAAUCCCCCCAGGCUCGGAGCGGGACUGGGCUUUAGACCAUGAUGAAGACUCUUUUAUUACGGAUCCAGAUCAAGCUCUGGAUAUGCUACCACAACCAUUCAGGAUGAUUGACAAAGUGGUGAACCAUCUGAUUUAUCAAGCCUUGGAAAUAAUCAACAUUAAUGAACACAGGCGAGAGGCAGACAAACUGAGGAAAAAAAUUGAAGUUCACCCACCAGUAGCUGAAAUCCAGGUUUCCAAGCGAGUAAAUUGCCUAGCUGCAGUGGAAUCAGGAACAUAUUUAUUUGUUGGACAUUCUGAUGGGCUAGCUGUUUACAACUUUCCUGACUGUAGCUGGAUUUGCAGUUGGGAAACAGCUAAAAUAGAAAUUUGUAGCCUCAGCAUUUGCCAUGUAAAAAACGAGCUAUAUCUGCUUGCUGCAGUGGAUGAUAUGGGAAUUGGUCGUUUCUUAUACUUCUCAGAGGACAGGCUGAAUGUUUUGAAAGUCAUCAAUGAACCUGAGGAUGUUAGUAAGAGGACUAUAUGUGUAACAUUUAAGAUCUCCGCUGGAGGAGAUUAUGCAGGGAUUCUUCUUGAAGGCAGCGAGGAAUGUUGGCUAGAAGUGUAUCGAUUGCCUAAGGAUUCCUGGCUAAAAGAGGUGGAACAAGCUCAGACAGUAUUGUUAUCAAAUAUCCCCUUGCCAACAGCACAGACUGCACCCAGUGAAACCUCACAAACUGAAGCUGAAAUAAAACUUGCGCCACCAGUACUUCUAAUGAAGAUUAAACCUUCAAAUCCAGUAACAGGUAGUACAUUCAGAUGUUCCCAGGAAGCAUUGCAGAAGUAUGAGCAUAACACUGUGUUUGGUAUCGGACAGAACCAUAUCAUCAGUGCUAAUCAGUGGGAGGAGCAAGAGGCAAUUUUUACAAGCCGUUUUCAGAAAUACCUCAGUUUUGAAAAUGCUAAUGCAUCCAAAAGUGAAACAGCAAGGCAUGCUGAGUUUCAUUUCAUCCAGCCGGACAGCUUAUUACAAGCAGACACAGAAAGAAAUCAUACAGUUAUCCCAAAAGCAAUAAGUGUCCACUGGGAAGGAAGUCACAAUCUACUGAUGUAUCUGCUGGUUCGACCUCCAAAGGAUAAACCAGACGCUGACCCAAAGCCUGAUACAGUGUGGCCCUGUGCAGCUCCUAUCAUUUGUUCAGCUGUCAGUUCUUGCUUUUCAUACAUAGCUGUGGGCUUGGCAGAUGGAACCCUUACUAUUUGGGACAUAAAGUAUUCCGGGUUCCCUUUGUCUGUAGUUGCCCUUCCAGAGGAAAGGUCAGUUGGUGGCCUUCAAUUUUUAGAUUACCCUGCAGUAAAUAUAGAUCCUUUGUUUCCCGAUGGCAUUCCUGCUGCACCCCGAGUUAAACUUUUAGUGUGGUGCACUGAUAACUCAUUGUACCUUGCUACAGCAUCUGGAGGCAAAGAAAAUAGCCUUGCCAUUCUACGGGAAAGCUUAAGCAAUUCUGAUGAACACAUCAGUGCAGUUGCACCUGUUUCCUGCCUUCCUAAUGGUGUUCUUUUAUUUUUCCGUAAUGGUCUAGUGGAGCUCAUGAAUAUCUCAACACAAGAGGCAGUUUGUCAGUUUGGGCUUCCACUUUCCUAUCAGCUGGCAUUUCCCUGGCAACCAGUGUAUGCUCUUAAUCCAAAGGAAUACUGUCUCUUUCUUAAAGGGCAAGAGAUAGUAACUGCAAGUGACAUUAUGGCUGACAGAAAUGAAGCUUGUUCACUCUUCGCUUUCAGUCUGAAUUGUGUCCCCCUAGUGGACACUUUCAUUAAUACACACCAUUCUGGUUCACCUGCCAAGCACAUUAUUCAGUGGGAUCAGAAGUGCCAGCUGCUGUUUCAGAGAAGAUUGCAAACAUAUCCAGAAAGAAGCAAACAUAUUUCAGAGACUUGGGAUUUCCUAAGGAAACAAGCCUCUUCUUUAACCCAGCAGGAUAAACACUUUAGAUGACAGUGCAAAAAUAAUCAUAUAUUAACUGACAAUGCUUUGUCUACACAUCUUGUGUUAUAACAAGACAACUGAAUAUGAAGUCAUACCUAUAAUUCUGUAAAUUGAUAUUUUUCUGCUUAUAUUUCUGUUUAUUUUAUUCAGUUUAUUUCCUGUUAUAUUUCUGUUUGUUUAUUUCUAGCAAGAAAAGUGCAAUAAGUUCUGUGUAAGUGUGUGAUGAAUUGACAUAUUAAUCUGCUAUGAUAAUUCAGUUCCUGACAAUCAGGAAAGUGUCCAACUGUGAAAAAUAUUUGAACUGAUGGGAAUCUAUUUUUGAAUUGUUGUAGUUUUCUAGCACAAAUACAAAGAUUAGAUUUUUGAUUAUUGUGUGUUCAUACUUUUCCUACACUGUAAUUGUCAGCAUCAGUAACAGUGUGUGUAUGUUUGUGUAUAUAUAUAUAAAUACAAUUACAGUAUAUU